AAGCAGCACAACAGACAGAGGAGAGGCAAGAGGCAAGCACAACAGCAAGCACAGGAGCACCAGCAACAGCACCAGCAACAACAACACAGAGGCGGCGAUGCCACCGAAGAAGAAGGCAAGCACGAAGAAGGGCAAGGGCAAAGGGAAGAAGAAGAGCAAGUCAGACAAGAAAGAUGGAGAAGAAAAGCCAGCGCCGCACAUCAUGACGAAUGAGGAGAAGCUGUGGGCCACUCGCUUUGCCAUCAGCGAGAAGGCCCGCAAGGACCACCGCGAGAAUGCAUCAGUCCUCAUCCAAGCCAACGCAGGCCUCGAGAACAAAAUGCAGGAGAUGGAACGAGACACCAUGGAGGUUGUUGCGUUCCUUCGCCGCGAUUUGGCCAAGGCCGAGGAUGAGCUCAAGGCCGCCAAAGACCACGUCGCAGAGGUGCGUCGAAGAACGCAACAGGAGAUUGAGGCUGUGGAGGACGACUGCAACAACAAAGUCAUGGAAAUCCAACAGCAGCUCAAGGACCGCACAGUCGAGCUGGAGGCCACGCGACGCGAGCUGUUCUCGCUGCGCGAAUUCAAGCACAGACGAGAGGAGAUUGAGCGAGAAGUGCUGGACUUGCAGGACAAGAACAGGCAGCAAGUGGCUGCGUUUGAGAAGGAGAAGCAAGCAAUGGAAACGAAAUUCUUCGAGGAGAAGGCGCGGCUGCAACAGACGACCGAACGACAACUCAACAUGCUGGCCAAGAAGGCACACGAGGAGGCAAUAAAGAAUCUCGGCGUGUCGUCGCGCCACACGUUUGAGGAGAACGAGCGCUUGACAGAGGAAAUCAAGCUGCACCUCACCGAGAACGCAAAACUCAAAAAGGAUGUGCAAGCACUGCAGGACAAAGACAUGCACCUUCAGCUUGAGCUUGAGGAAAAGAGUGGCCUGGUGACGGAGCAAGCAGAGGCGCUCACAGCACACAAGGAGAAGACACGCCAGCUCCAGCGAAAGGUGUUUGCGUUGGAGGAGAAGUUGACGGCCAUGACGCAAGAGCACGCGCGAACAAAACGCGAAAUGGAGCAGGAGGCGCUUGACGCAACCGCGGACCUCAGGCAAACGCUCGCGGCAACGCAGCAAGCGCUGGCCCUGAAGACUGCGGAGUUGAAACGCAUUCGUCACCUCGCGCGCAAUGUGCUCAAGCAACGAACAGAGGUUGAGCAGUUCUUCAUUGAUUCCCUGCGCUACGUCCGGCAACAAAUUGUCGACACACGCGCCGAAUACGUCAAGUAUGUGCGCGAUAAGUACAACCAGGACAUGCGUGCUGGCGCCCGGACGGGGCAGCUGCCAAAAGUCGCCACAUUCGGCAAAGGCACGGGUUCUGUUGCCGCGGAAUUUGAAAAGGCCGAGCAGUCCGUGCCAGAAGACUUUGCAGAAAUUGACGUCACGACCCUCACGUGGGAGCAGCGGGAGCAAGUGCUUCAGCGCGUGUUUGCCAAGAUCAAUGGCGUGAAAUACCAGCGCCCGACCGACGCCCAUCAACAACAGCAGCAAGCGGCAUCAUCGUCCACGCAACAGCCGCGACCUCCAGCCAUUGGCCACUCAUCGGGCGGGCGCCGGCCCCUGUCCGCAACCGCCACACAGGCAAUGCAGGCUCUCACAAUGUAGCAGCGUGAUGUGUGAUGUGCGUGAGUGUCGGAGUGUUGUUCAUAUUGUGGAGCUUGUCAAGCUUCUUAGUUACUGUUGCUACGACACCUUUGAUUUGCAGUGCAUUCGACUUUAUAUUUCGUGUCAUCCCUGUGCUGUGUUUGGUUGUUUUUUGUUUCCCCUCUCUCGCACCCCUCCCCUCCUUCCCCUGGUCUUCUUGUGAAAACGAACAUAAACAGCGGCAUGAUG